AUGUGUAGACACCAAGAGGCCGCUGCUCUGUGGUACUCCAGCCCCAAGCCGUGUGGGAUUAUCCAGGGUCACAAUGUGGUGGAGAUCCCCAUUACAGCUGAAGUCCAGGCAGUGGGUGCUCCUUCCAUCCCGGUGGAUAUCGCCGUGUUCGGGAAGGAGACAUCCCCACUGCAAAUGCGUUUCAUGUGCACUGGAAAGACGCCGCUUGUCUACGCAAGUGUGAAUAAGAUAAACUUGGGCGAGAUCCAAGCAAUACAGGAGACUUCCCAAACUCUCCAGCUGUGCAAUCAGGAUCUCAUCCCUGCAGCCUUCAGAGCAGAGAUCGAUGGCAAAUGCUGGAGUAUUGAACCCAGGGAAGGAGUGGUCCCUGCCAAGGCUGAGGUUCCUGUGGUUGUCACAGCAAACCUGGGUGACACAGGGAGAUUUGAAGACAGCAUGAAGCUGUUCAUUGAGAACAGCCUUACCAGUGUCAUCCCCAUCCAGGCUGUGGGCAUCGGCACCACAAUUACCAUUGACAAACCGUUUGCGCCGGAGCUGAAUUUGGAACCCCAGUUCAACCUCGUUCCCUGCGUUUUCCGGUUCAACGUGACAAACAAGGGGCGUCAGUUCCAGCGGCUGUACUGGGGCACAGAAGGUUUCAGCCCCUUUCGACAGCGUCAUCCUCUCCCUGCCCUCUGUGUCACCAAGGGCAAAAACGCUUCCCAGAGACACACCACCCCCGUAUUUAAGCUGCGGCCACGGAGUAUGAAUCUGCAGCCAGGCCAGACUAUGGAGCUGGUGCUGGAAGGCUUCUCCAGCACUGUCCAGGACGUGGAGGAGAAGCUUGUGUGUGAGACAGUCGUGAAGCCAGAGAUAACAAAGAAAGAGAUAAUCAAGACAAAGGUCACCUGCAAGUUCAUUUCUCCCGCUGUGCAAAUAUCAUCCAAGGCAAUCACUUUCCGUGUGGAGAAGCACCCCGAUGAUGUCCUGACUCUUCAGUACAAGCCUCUAUCUUUAAAAAACACCUGCUGCCUGCCAUUCCACCUUUUGCUGGACUUGGAGCAGCCGUUCCUAAUCUGUGAUGCAGACCAUCAGCCCCUCCCUGCAGGGGCCCAGCCUGUGAAGAUGGAGGCAGGGCAGGAACUUCAUCUCUCCAUCGGCUUUAACCCAGCCUAUGAAAAGGAUCCGAUCAGCUGGGUAGCAGAGAAGACUAUGAAGAUCCAGCUGGUGGAACAUCCUCAUGAGGAAGAGAUCACCGUUCGGGGAGAGGUCUACUUCCCGAAUCUCCGUAUCCCGACCAAAGCACUGGACUUCGGUUGCAUCGCGAAUGGCGCAAAACAAGUGCGUUCCCUGGAGAUGACCAACUGCAGCCCAAUUCCUGCCCACUACCACUGGUCAUUCCGGGUGAACAGCAAGGAGUACCUGACAGGGUUCAUACCUUCCCCACCUAGAUUCAGACCCCAACCACAAAUGGCCAGGUUCGGCUGUGUUGAGUGUGGGCGUUAUUUAAGGAGAUACUUCAGACCUGGAAGUGUGCAGAAGCCAGCCAAAGCCCCGGAAGCAGCGCAGGACUCUUCCCAACAGUCAGCACACUGCCAGGAAACAGAACAGCGUUGUUCCCAACAGACAUCAAAGAACUGCGUGCAAGAUUCUUCUGAAGAGUCAUCAGAUUGGGAGGACUCCCUGGAAACAGAGCAAGAUUCUUCACUACAGUCAUCAGAUUCAGAGAACUGCGUGGAAACAGAAGAUGAUUCUUCUGAAGAGUCAUCAGAUUCAGAGGACUCCCUGGAAACAGAGGACAUUUCUCCUGAACAGUCAUCAUCAGAGAAGUCCCUGGAAACAAAGCAGGACUCUUGCCAAAAAUCAUUGCAUUCAGAAGACUCCCCGGAAGCAAAGGUGCCACCAUCCACUGCUGCAGGGCCUCAGAGCUCAGCAGAGACGGAGGAGUCUGGGCAGUCAGAAGAGGCAAAGCCCCCUGGCUUCAGAGCAGAGGAGGUUUUUGGUGUCCAGCCGGUGUCCGGUGUGCUGCAGCCGGGCAAGAGCCAGCAGGUGCCCUUCACCUUCUUUGGCCAUGCCAACAUCAUCGCCCGUGUCACAGCGCUGUGCCGGGUGGAGGGAGGCCCGACCUACGAGGUGGAGCUGAGGGGAGAGACUUCGGUCCUCACCUACCACCUGAGCAUCGAGGAGAUCAACUGUGGGCUGCAGCUCUUUAACGAAGUCACCAGAGCCGAGGUCACCCUGCGGAACGACGGGAAGGUCGGAUUCACCUACGUGGUGCAGAGCCCCAGCACUGGCACUGCAGACAAGCCUCUGCCUGGUGUGCUCAUGGUCCUGCCCAGCACAGCUUCCAUUGAACCUGGCAAGGAGCAGGUGCUGAAGCUCUAUUACCUGCCAGGAGUGCCAGGAGUCUUCUGCAGGACUUUCCAGGUUCAAGUGGGUCACCUGAAACCGGUAGAAAUCUCCCUGAAAGGAGAGGCGAUCUUUGCUGGGAUCUGUCUGGACCUGCCCUGGAGCAUCAGAGGAAGUGAAAAAUACGAGAGGCUACUGAAACAGGCAAAAGAAAAGCUGAAAAAAGACAAGCAGGACAAGAAAGCAAACACUUGGCUGAGGAUGGAGAUGGAGCAGAUGCUGAUAAAGGAGAAUGCUCUGGAGCUGCAGCCAACCCUCAUCUCCCGCCCCCCAGAGGACACUGUCUUUAACAAGAGCAUUCCUCAGAAGCUUGUCAAAGUUGAGCUGCCCGAGUACAUCCUGGACAUGGGCACUGUUGUUCAGGGUUACAGUAAAAGCUGCACUGUGAAGAUCACCAACACCUGGAGGUACCCAGUGGCCGUCCAGGCCAAUGAACGUGCCCUGCGUGACACAGGUUUCAGCAUAUACCUGGAGCCCGUGGAGUUCCUGAUCUACGGCACCAGCAAACGGUUUCAAGUGAACUUUGCAAGUGCCAACCUGCCCGUGGGAAAGGUGGAUGUGCUCCUGCCCAUCAAGGUAGAGAAAGGCCCCACACUGCACAUCCGCCUCCGUGCCACUGUGAUUCAGCUGCUGCUCAGCCUCUCCAGGAACAGACUCCAGUUCCCCGAUGUCCAGGUUGGGCAGUGCUGGUGUGAAACAGUCCGGCUUUACAACUGGUUCAGCGCGCCCUGUGAAUGGUUCCUCACUGUCAACAAACCUGCCAAGAAGGUGGACAAACGUUUGACACCGGCCGUGCGUCAGAAGGAGCUCCAGGCUGCGAAGGAUGAUUCCCGUGUCUUUCAGUGGAAGGCCCGGGAGGGAACCCUCUAUGGUAGAGAGUGGUGUGACCUGCAGAUCCAGUUUUCCCCCCUGGAAGAGAAGUCCUACAAAACCGAGCUGAAGAUCAACGUUCAUGGGAACAGCCAGCUCCUCGUGCUGCACAUCUCAGGACAGGGUCUGGAGCCACGGCUGGAGUUCAGCCCCACGGAGAUCAAGCUGGGAGCGGUGCUUCCGUGCGGCCCUGAGCUGGAGAGGACAGUGGUGGUGAAGAACCCCUGCGAGUUCCCCACUGAAUUUUACUCCCUGGAGUUUGACGAGGAGUACCGUGAGGAGGAGAAGAUCCUGCGGACGCUGGAGGAGUUUGGAGACCGGACGGCCGUGGUGAUGCCUCCACGCGCUGUGGGUGAGAAGCUGCCCCCAGAGGUGCUGGAAUAUUAUGAAAAAUGGAAGAAGAUGGAGGCUCUGGGUCAAGAGAUGUUCAAGCGCAAGGAAGAAUCAGGCGAGGACAAUGCAGCACUUCAAGAGAGCAUCAGGUUGUUGAAGGACAUGGUGGACGAGUGUGACAGGCCCAUCCGUCAGGCCGUCAGGCGCUACCUCGACACCAAUCCCGUUGGAGAAGAGCUCAAAGCCCAAAUGCCCAGAGGGAUUGCCAUCAUCGUCUAUGGGACCCCGCGGACAGGAAAGACAAGGGCGGCGGCCGCCCUGUCCAAGUAUUACAGUGCCGCCUGCUUGUCCCUGGCCGAGGUGGUGACAGAAGCCAUGUCGGACGAGCGCAGCUCGGCGGGGCGCCGUGCCCGGGAGCUGUGCGUCGAGGCUGCCCGUCAGCAAAGAGCCAGGAGGGAACAGAUGCCGGGUAAAAAGGGUGCUGAGGCCAAGAAAACCCAGCCCAGCCCUGGGGACAAAGCCAGCCAGAAGACCCUCAGU